AUGGGCAGCAGGAGGUUGAUGUUGAGGACCUUAGCGCGAAUGGCGGUGCAGAGGCACAGCGCCGCGUCGAGGUCAGCAAGCCCGCGCAGCAGUGGGCAGCAGGUGUCGGCUGCGCUGGGGCCAAUGCCAAUGUGGAUCAGUCCACCGAGAAGGUCAACGCAGGCCCCCAGCUUGAGGGUAUUGAUGGGGCAACCCCUCGACACCGGCGCCGGCGGCGGCGGGCACGGCACCGUCGUCGGGGGUGGCGGAGGAGGGCAGGGGAUUUCCUUAGGCGGCGGAGGAGGAGGGCAGGGGAUUUCCUUAGGCGGCGGUGGAGGAGGAUGA